AUUCAUGUUUAUAUUUUGUCGUGAGGUGCAUGGUUUUUAAUUGCGCGUGUAAUUUUUUUUGGUUAUACUGUACCUGUAUAUUAAAAGAAUAUUUUUCUUUUUAUGAUUACAACCAUGCCUGACAUGAAAUAUAUUUUAGUUACGGGUGGUGUUAUAAGUGGAGUAGGAAAAGGUGUCAUUGCCAGUUCUUUUGGAACAAUUUUGAAAAGCUGUGGAAUUGAUGUGACUUCUAUUAAAAUUGACCCAUAUAUCAAUAUCGACGCAGGAACUUUCUCCCCUUACGAACACGGUGAAGUUUACGUAUUAGAUGACGGUGGUGAGGUAGACCUUGAUCUUGGCAACUAUGAACGCUUUCUGGAUAUAACGUUGCACCGGGAUAACAACAUUACUACAGGCAAAAUAUAUCAACAGGUUAUAGAGCGAGAGCGCCGUGGCGACUACCUCGGAAAAACCGUGCAAGUUAUCCCACACAUUACUGAUGCCAUACAAGAAUGGGUGCAGAGAGUAGCUCACAUUCCUGUAACACCAGAAAACACACCUCCAAUGGUCUGUAUUGUAGAAUUGGGUGGUACUAUAGGGGACAUAGAAGGAAUGUCUUUUGUCGAAGCAUUUAGACAGUUCCAGUUCAGAGUAAAAAGAGAGAACUUUUGCUGUGCUCAUGUGUCUUUAGUGCCAAUGCCAAAAUCAACAGGGGAGCCAAAAACUAAACCAACACAGUCAUCUGUGCGUGAACUUCGGGGUCUUGGACUAUCACCAGAUCUAAUAUUGUGUCGUUCCGAAAAACCUAUUAACCACAAUGUUAAAGAAAAGAUAUCCAACUUCUGCCAUGUUGGUCCAGAACAGGUGAUCUGUGUUCAUGACUUGACAUCAGUGUAUCAUGUCCCAUUGCUGAUGGAAAACCAGGGAGUUGUCCAAUAUUUGAAUGAUAGACUGCAACUUAACAUUUCAAUGCCACGCCCAGGCAGAUUUAUGCAAAAGUGGCGAAAUCUUGCUAAACGAGUUGAUAACCUCAGACGCGAAGUUAACAUUGCACUCGUAGGAAAAUACACAAAGUUAGAGGAUAGCUACGCGAGCGUUACAAAGGCUUUACAACACGCCUGUAUUGCAGCGGGGUGUAAGCUAAUCUUGACCUACAUUGAAGCAGUCAAUUUAGAGAAGCAGACAAAGAUUGACGACCCUGUUGCAUAUCACAAAGCAUGGCAAGACUUAUGUAAAAGCGAUGGCAUCAUAGUACCUGGUGGUUUCGGUCAAAGAGGUAUAGAAGGCAAAAUUGAAGCUUGCCAAUGGUGCAGAGAAACUCAAAAGCCCAUGCUAGGUAUAUGCCUCGGUUUACAGGCGGCUGUGAUAGAGUUUGCCAGAAACGUGCUUGGUUUGAAAGGUGCAAACAGCACUGAAGUGAACCCGGACUGUGAUGAUAAACUUGUGAUUGACAUGCCGGAACACCACCCUGGAAAUCUUGGUGGUACUAUGAGGCUGGGCAAGAGGAAAACAUAUUUGGAACCUUCCAUUGUAUCUAAAUUGUACAAGAAAGACGAGAUAGAAGAGCGUCACAGGCAUCGAUACGAGGUUAAUCCGGAAUACAUCGAGCGCCUCGAAGCAAGCGGCCUGCGUUUUGUGGGGAAGGACUCUACCCGUACUCGUAUGGAAGUAGCAGUGGUCGAGACACACCCGUACUACGUGUCGGUUCAGUUCCAUCCCGAGUAUCUCUCUCGUCCGCUUUCUCCCAGUCCACCGUUUAUGGGUUUAAUACUUGCUUCUAUUGGCAAAUUGAAGAAUUACUUGUCUAAAGGUUGCCGCCUCAGCCCACGAAACCAGUCCGACGUCAGCUCAGAUGAAGAGGAUAUAUCAAUAUCUUCUUUGAGUUUGAUAGAUGAAAGGGGGGUAGUUGAAAAUGGCAAACCAGCUAACGGUGUCCAUUAAUAUUGUUUAAGUACACAUACUAAUAAAAAAUAAUUAUUAUAAGAGAAAAAUACGUUUAAGAUAUAAAACCUAGAUUCUAAGCUAAAUAGCUGUCUAUUUGCCCUGUGUUAAAUGAACUCAAGAAGUUACUUGUUUUAUUAUUUACUUUUUAGUUUAUAGAUGAUAUACUUAUUUUUUCGGAACUAAUGUUUCGAAACUAAAAUGUCAUAUUUAUGUAUUUUUAAUUGUUUUGUAAUAUACUACGUAGCAGAGAAGUAGGUACGUGGAAAAUAAACUCAACUAAAGUUAAAUAAAAGCCAGCAUGUUUUAUAUGUUUCUAUAAGUUCUUUAGAUUUAAUAUAUAUUAUUAUAGAUACAGUUUUUUUGAUAAGUCAGUUUUUCGUAAAUGAACUAGUUAUUUACUUUAAGGUAUGAAGAUGAAUUUUAUGCAUUACAUAAUAUAUUGUGAUAUAUAUCUGUUCAUGAGACCCGAAUAUUAGUUUAUGAGUUCGCAUUUUAAAAUAAAUUGAAGAUAAUUUUAUAAUAUCUAACCGAUUUCUACAAAUGUUUUAUUAGUAAUGUUUUCGAAUUUUAAUAACGUUCUAGAUAAUAAUAUAGUCACUUAUGCACAUUGAAAUCAUAUCUUAUACAACGUGUAAACGAAUUACGAAAUACUGUUAAGCGUUGCUUAAGUAUAUUUCAAAAGGAAUUAUUCUGUAAAAAUAUUAAAUCAAAAGCAGCAUAUCUAUUUUUCAAGUGUUGUUACUUAUGACAACCCAAUUGAAGAUAAAAGCCCGACACGGGCAUAGUACCAACGCUGUGCGAC